AUGAACUAUCCUCUGGAGGACCUCCACCAGACCAGCGGGCGCCUGUGGAUUGUUGUCGGUGUGGCAGAUGAUCUGUGGUUUAUGAAGCGUUUCAACAAAUCCGUUGAACCAUUUUUGUCAGCAAACUACAAUCUCUCAGAGGACGUUUUCAACUGGUGGAAGCGCUUACAGCGUGCAAAGGGCAACUUCAGUACCUUCAGAGGAAAAGUGGACAGGCUGUUUCUGAUGGUCCCACCCAGUCCAGAUGUUCUAGAAUCCAGCCCUGACCGCUGCAGGACUUGUGCUGUGGUGGGGAAUUCUGGUAAUUUGAGGAGAUCACAUUAUGGACCUCUCAUAGAUUUCCACGAUGUCAUCAUAAGAGUGAACGCUGGUCAAAUCAAAGGCUUUGAAGCAGAUGUUGGGACCAGAACAACUCAUCAUGUCAUGUAUCCAGAGAGUUCUGUGGAUUUAGAUAACACCACUCAUCUUGUGCUGGCUCCAUUUAAGAUGGUUGACUUUGACUGGCUCACAGGAGCCCUCACCACAGGAUUUACGUCAAUACCACGUUGGGGUGUAAGAUCAAAAAUCAAAGCUAACAAGGAUUUGGUGAUGGUCCUUAAUCCAGCUUUUAUGAGGUAUGUUCAUGACAGGUGGCUGGAAAAGAAAGGUUAUUACCCCUCCACUGGCUUUCUGGCUUUGGGUCUUGCCCUGCAUAUGUGUGAUGAGGUCAGUGUGUUUGGUUAUGGAGCAGACAGUGAUGGAAACUGGAGUCAUUACUGGGAAAAACUCAUAAACAAAGACUUAAAAACUGGGCCACAUCCUGGAGAUACAGAGUAUAGAAUGAUCCAGGAGCUAAAUGAGCAACAGAAACUCAAGUUUUAUACAGGGUUCUGAGGUUUUUCUCAGCAUUUAAAGGAAGGUUAGUAGUAGGUAACAGUAGAAGACUUACAAUUCUGAUCAAGUCGCCUCUUUUUCACAUUCAUUUGAAAACAUUAUGGUAGGAACGGGUUGCUGGGACAGUAGUUUUGAAAGAUAUGAUCAAAUGAGCCGUUUUUGUUACGAAAAUAUCACUCUACCACGGUCUCUGACUGUAAACCAUGCACGGACACACCGAUUUUUUAGAUUAUCUAGUGACAUUCACGCUUUAGUUGGUUAUAAAACAGUGUCCAACCUAUAGGUAGGCCUAUUAUAGAUAACA